AUGUCGCUGGCUCCGUAUCCCAUCCGGCGGGCCUCGCUCACCCAGGCACUGAUUGACAUGCCAAAACCCUACGAGGGCGAGCCUGAGCGCUAUCGUCUUACGGCAAAUCAGCCAGUUCCUCCUCCCAGAAAGCGAAUGAGCUUUUGGUUCCGCACCCGUUGGGUCAGAACUCUCAGCCGCCCAGUCCAUCGCGACACUGUAGACCUUCUUCAUGCUGAAGUAAAGCCGCCCCCGCUGGUCGUCAGGCUUCCUUUGAAAAUGCUGCGCUUCCUCCCAGAGGCGGCCACGAUUUGGGCCCAGAAGCAUUUCCCUGAAUGGUUUCUUCCAUCCACUCUAGUCGUGAAAUGCCGAAGGCAAAAUGACCCGGAACACGUCACUUGGCUCCCAGCUGAUCAAGAGCCCCCCUACUUGAGUAAAUUCGACGCUGAGAUCAGGACCUACAACCAGCUGAAGGAGCUCCAAGGCAUCACAAUUCCGAAAUUCCUGGGCCGGACCAUCUGCCGUGACAAGCAUGCCAUGCUUCUCCAGGAUGUUCCCGGCGCCUACCUCUCGAAUCCUGAUGGCGCGACACUGACCUACGACGAGCUGAGAGACCUCCUGGAGAGAUGCUUCUAUGACUUGUCCGAGUUCUCGGCAGUUCAGACCAACCCCAGCACCCGGAACUUUGUCGUCUCGCCCGAUCGACAGAGCCUCACGGCGGUGGAUCUGGAGAACAUCCACAUAGGCUACCCAGAGCCGACUCUCCUUGAUUUCGACUCCCUCUGUACCCAGGGUGGAGUGACUCGCAAGUACGUCGGCUCGCAGAGAUUCUACCGGCAGGAAGGCUACCUUGAGCCCGCUUGA